UUUAAACCAACGAUGACACUUUUGAAAACCCCCGUCGUGUCCGAAGCUAUUUGGUGACAUCGCCGAGGUAAACCGUGACAGGCAAGACGGACAAAUUUAUAACGUCUUGGUGUGCUCAGCUUCAGCUUCAGUUUCCACCUCCAAUCCCUCAAGAUGAUGCACAUCACCUUCUACUGGGGUAAGAAGGCGACGAUCCUGUUCGACUCGUGGCGGACCGACUCCUGGCCGGGCUACCUCCUCAGCCUCCUCGCUCUCUUUGCCGCUGCCUUCUUCUACCAGUACAUGGAGGACCGCCGCGUCCGCUUCAAGAUCCUCGCCGGAUCCAAGCCCUCCCUGCCGCCGCCCCCGUCGGCGGUCGAGGCUCCCUUCCUCCUGCCCCCCUCCGCCUCCGCUUUCUUCCGCCCAUCCGCCAGGCUCGCCUCCGCCCUCCUCUUCGGCGUGAACUCCGCGGUCGGGUACCUCCUCAUGCUCGCCGUCAUGUCCUACAACGUCGGCGUAUUCGUCGCCGUCGUCGCCGGCCUGACGGUCGGGUGCUUCUUCUUUAUAAGCGGAGGGGAAGCGGAUUUCGUGGCGUCGCAGAAUUCCUGUGGCUGCCCUUAAUUCGGCCUUUCAUCUUCGGUACUCGCUUUAGAUACAUGCUUUAUAUCUUUCUAAAAUGUGUGUUACUGAGAACUCUUCUGUUAAUUAUCGUGUUAUGGUUUACA